AUGAAAGGGAUAGGCGGUGUAGCGCAGUUGAUCGUUGCCUUGCUUCACCUGUUCGAGUUCGUUCCAACUCGAUCCGCACCGAACAACUUCUCUGUUGGAGGUCGCGCCAGAGCACCUUCUUCGUUCUGGACUGCAGGAACGCAACAACAAAAUUCUGACACCGUCGAACCGCAACCUCGUGCUGUAAAUAGUCCAGAAGUAAACAAGCCCGGUGGCGCUCCCCUCGAUGACUCUCCUACCAACGGUUUCUGGCCUGAUCCUCAAGCACUCCGUGAAUUUCGAAGACGUCUGAAGGAUGCAAAAUCUGUAGCAGUUGGCCCAGACAACAACAAAAUCCAGAAACUUGAUCAAAACACCUUCCCUACAGUAUUCAUCCACCACGCAGACCGCUUGGAAAAUCCGACAAGUCCUCCAGCUCCUCCAGUUACCUGCGCUCCACAGGUGCAGAACCCCUGGGGAGUGAUACCGCCGAAUCAGGAACCAAAUCCUGACAACACAUUGGUUGUGCAACCGCCAGCCGUUUCAUCUCCUCCUUCUGUUCCUCUCGAAGUGUUAGUACACUGGAUUUACGACGAAGAGAACGGAGGCGACGUCGUUGCUCCACUAGGGGGGAGCACAAAUCAGAUUCUACCGCCAGCUCCGCUGCCACCACCACCACCUCAGCCAAUCGACAGGCCACCGUUUCUGUUGGAGGCAACUGACGACACCGUUGCAGAAUAUUUCAAAAUUAUAAUGGAUGAGAGGCUGACAAAACGUGAGCUGAAAUGCGCACUGGAGGCUUGGAAAGCAACGCUUACUCCUUAUUUAUUGAGCAAGUACGAGGAGAGCGAGGCUGAAAGGCAAAGAAUGUUCGCCGUGGAGCGCGACCUGCGAGCGCAAAGGGUUGCCAGACUGAGUCCAGCGGCGAAGUUGAUUGCCGACAAAAUUGAGGCAGUUCGCUUGAACGACGAGUUCACAGUUCUGGAAGAGGAGCACAUGAUCCGAGAAAUUAUGCAAAGUGCUCCGCUUGAAAUACGCGAAGAACUCACUGCUCAAUGA